GCAGCCGCCGAAAGUAGCAUUUGUUUCAGGCAGACAUGCAGCCAAACUGACAAAUAUCUCAGUGGGCUGCAAGGCUUCAAGCCACAUAUGUUUCCAGUUUAUUACAAUUUCUCCUCCCUUUUUGUGAAUUGUUGCCGAGCCCUGUAAUAGGCGCAUCGCCCAUCCCCACCCAAGACACACACCCAAAGAUCGUGUCCCACCCCUAGCUGUGCAACUCAUCCCCACACUGCAGACUCUGUCCAGUGUUUGCACUGCUGGCGGUUCGGAGCUGGUCACGGUCCUCUGGAAGUCUGCUACAGUGUUUAAGAAUGAAUGAAUGAUUAUGUACUGCUGGUCUGAUUCCAUGCUUCGGGGGUUCGGUUCCACAUACCCCAUGAAGUUACUCUGAUCCCACGCUGCAGAAGUCAUUUUAAGGAAUGUAGAUGCUACUACUGUAAGUGUCUGGUGUUUGUGUGGAUCGUGUUUGUUCAGUUUGCACUAUGUGGGUGCUUUGUGCCCCUUUGCUGGGACUAUACUGGUUGGCGCUGUCGCAGAGGUCAGCUGCUGAAAUGUACACAGCUGUGGAUAGUGUCGGAUGGGCAAUAGGGCUGGAGGCAAAGCUCCUUGGAUACCUAGGAGCCUAUCUGGAAGAGGAAAUCCUGCGGAUUAAUGAUUUGAAAAGAUUUUAUGAGAAAGUACAGAGUAUACAUGCCAAUAUUUACGACAGGUCUACAGCUGCUGUGGCAAACCCUUUGCUAGCCUACACCUUGAUAAAGCGACUGCACAAAGAAUGGAAGAAUGUGGCUCAUAGUACAGAAGCCAUCGACAAUGUGGAAGCACUGAAAAACAACUAUGAGAAACUGAAGUGGCAACUACCCACCUUUGAGGACCUAGAAGGAGCUGCAAAAGGUCUGAUGCGAUUGCAGGAUGUUUACUCCCUCAACAUAAAGGCACUUGUAAACGGGCAGUUUCAGAGACAUGCUGGUAACAAAGCACAAGUCAUCUACAGUCCAGCGAAUCCUCUUACUCUGUCAGCAGAUGAUUGUUUUCACAUUGGCAAGACGGCCUACGAUAUGCAGGAUUAUUACCACUCAUUAAUGUGGCUGGAGGAGGCAGCUUACCAUUUUCGACAAUCCUAUGGGAGUUGGAGGACAGAGGACCAGAGCAGCUUAGAAGAUGCCUUGGACUACCUUGCAUUUUCUCACUUCAAAACAGGAAAUAUUUCACAUGCCCUCGCCCUUUCCAAGGAGUUUCUUCAUUAUGACCCUACCAGCUGGAGAAUUGCCAAAAACAUUCAGCAGUAUGAAAAACUCCUUGGUACAACCCCUCUGACUGUGCAAGAUGGGGCAGUAGUGGUGAAACGUCCGAAUGUGACAAAUCUGCUAACACGGGAUAGCUAUGAGUCAUUGUGUCGUACUUUGGGUUCUCAGGUCACACACUAUCAAGAUCCAAAACUUUACUGUUCAUAUGAGACCAACGACAGCCCCUAUCUGAUCCUACAGCCAAUAGGAAAAGAGAUCAUAAGUCUUCAGCCUUAUGCCGUUAUGUACCAUAAUUUCGUCAAUGACUGGGAAGCAGAUAACAUUAAGAAGCUUGCAUCAUAUGGGCUGCAGCGAUCAGUAGUGGCCUCAGGAGAGAAGCAGGAAGCAGUGGAAUACCGAAUCAGUAAGAGUGCCUGGUUGAAGGAUACAGCUGACCCAUUAAUCCACAAACUGGAUCAGCGCAUUGCAGCCCUGACAGGAUUAAAUGUCAAGCCACCUUAUGCUGAGUACCUGCAAGUGGUGAACUAUGGUAUUGGAGGUCAUUAUGAGCCCCAUUUUGAUCAUGCUACAUCAGCUGAAAGCCCAGUAUACAGACUGAACUCGGGUAACAGAGUUGCAACCUUCAUGAUUUAUCUGAGUUCUGUCCAAGCUGGAGGGUCAACAGCCUUUAUCUAUGCAAACUUCAGUGUCCCUGUUGUGAAGAAUUCAGCGUUGUUCUGGUGGAAUUUACACAAAAAUGGGAAAGGCAAUGGAGACACCCUACAUGCAGGCUGUCCAGUGCUGGUUGGAGACAAGUGGGUAGCUAACAAAUGGAUCCAUGAAUAUGGGCAGGAGUUUCAGAGGCGAUGCAGUUCAAACCCUGAAGAAUAGAAUCAUGUCCAUGUUAGAAACCCAGAACAUCAAGAAAGACCUUGGCAAGAGAGUAUCAGAUACCUGACUGGUGAGGAACCAUUUGUGUCCAGCAGCGUUUGCAGAUCUUGCAGAAAUAAUUGCAAUUUUGUCAGAGGAAAUGCGGGACUAUAUGGACGAGUGAAACAGGGCUGUAGCCAGAGCACAUCUCUGUACACUGACUCUCCUAAACAAUUAACAUUAUUUAUUUUUUGAGAGGACUGCAUAAAGGCACAACAUAAAACUGUGUCCCGUGGGUGUGACAUACAGAACAGUGCCAUGUGACCAUCUAGACAAAUGAUUAUUCAUGUGCUGUGCUUAAUAAAAGAAAAAAUAAACUCUUCCGUUUUCUUUU